CUCCGCGGUGCGAGCCGAGCGGCCUCGCCUCACCGCCCGGCGCCCCCGCCGCCGCCGCCGCCGCCGCCGCCUCCGCGCCCGCCAUGUCCCCCGGCCGCCGCCGCCGCCGCCCGAGCACGGCGCUCCCGCGGCCCAGCGCGCAGUGAGCGCGGGCCCACUGGUCCGCCCGCCCGGGCCCUUGUUCUCAGCGCCGCCGCCGCCAUGUUGAGUUUAGAGCCGCAGCGGAGCCGCCGCCGCCGCCGCCGGUGAGGGAGGCCCCCCGAGAGCGGAGCCCGCCCCGCCCCGGGCCCAGGGAGCGGGCGCCUCGGAGCCCGGCCUCCGCGCCCGCCGCCUUCCCGGCCCGCCGCCCGCCGUGCGAGCGGGGAGCCAGCGCCGGGCCGCGCCUUCCGCUCGCGGCCCGAGCGAGCCCGCCGCCCGUUCGUCCCCCGCCGCCGGCCCGGCCGCAGCCUGCAGCGGAGCCCCGGGAGCCAGCGCCAUGGCGGAGCAGACCUACUCGUGGGCCUAUUCCCUGGUGGAUUCCAGUCAAGUGUCUACAUUUCUGAUCUCCAUUCUCCUGAUAGUCUACGGUAGUUUCAGAAUUAUAUCAAUGGAAAAGAUUUCUCUGGUGAACUUCUUUGUCUUACAAAUGAGGAAACUGAAGCUCAACAAGAUGAGGUCCCUUAAUAUGGACUUUGAAAAUCAAGAUAAAGAGAAAGACAGUAACAGUUCUUCGGGGUCUUUCGGUGGCAACAGCAGCAAUAAUAGUAUCCAAACUAUUGACUCUACCCAGGCCCUGUUCCUUCCAAUUGGAGCAUCUGUCUCUCUCCUAGUUAUGUUCUUCUUCUUUGACUCAGUUCAAGUAGUUUUUACAAUAUGUACAGCAGUUCUUGCAACGAUAGCUUUUGCUUUUCUUCUUCUCCCGAUGUGCCAGUAUUUAACAAGACCUUGUUCACCUCAGAACAAGAUUUCCUUUGGCUGCUGUGGACGUUUCACUGCUGCUGAGCUGCUGUCAUUCUCUCUGUCUGUCAUGCUUGUCCUCAUCUGGGUUCUCACUGGCCAUUGGCUUCUCAUGGAUGCCCUGGCCAUGGGUCUCUGUGUCGCCAUGAUCGCCUUCGUCCGCCUGCCCAGCCUCAAGGUCUCCUGCCUGCUUCUCUCAGGGCUCCUAAUCUAUGAUGUCUUUUGGGUGUUUUUCUCCGCCUACAUCUUCAAUAGCAACGUCAUGGUGAAGGUGGCCACCCAGCCGGCUGACAAUCCCCUCGAUGUGCUUUCCCGGAAGCUGCACUUGGGGCCCAAUGUUGGGCGUGACGUUCCUCGCCUGUCUCUGCCUGGAAAACUGGUUUUCCCGAGCUCCACUGGCAGCCACUUCUCCAUGUUGGGCAUUGGAGACAUUGUGAUGCCCGGACUCCUGCUGUGCUUUGUCCUUCGUUAUGACAACUACAAAAAACAAGCCAACGGUGACUCCUGCGGUGCCUCUGGACCCGCCAACAUCUCUGGACGCAUGCAGAAGGUCUCCUACUUUCACUGCACCCUCAUCGGAUACUUUGUAGGUCUGCUCACUGCCACCGUGGCAUCUCGCAUUCACCGAGCAGCGCAGCCUGCCCUCCUCUAUUUGGUGCCAUUUACCUUAUUGCCACUCCUCACAAUGGCCUACUUAAAGGGUGACCUGCGGCGGAUGUGGUCUGAGCCCUUCCACUCCAAGGCCAGCAGCUCCCGAUUCCUGGAAGUAUGAUGGAUCGCAGUGACCAGCUGGCCAUCCUCGCCUUUUCUGUCGACGCAUUUCCUCUUGGAGUUGGCCUGGUCCUCGGAGACGUACCUGUUUAAGGACCUGACGUGGGCUGGAUUUUGCGUUUGCGGGGAGCUUGUCUGCAGGAGCGAGGUGCUGGGGCGCUGCCGGAUCCUCUUCCCGCCGGUGGAAGUGGAGUCCUUUCGGCAGUGACAGCCCCCCCAGCGCUCCUCCUCCCGGUUUCAUGGACCUGCAUAGACUCACCGUGGGAGAUGGAGGUGGGACUAAAACUGACGGCGGCAUGGAGUCGCUCUGUACCUUUGGAACACUAAAAGGAUGAACACAUGAGCAGAGUGAAGUUUCCUCAGUGAACCCUCAAGAACGUUGGGAUCAGCUUCCAGUGGGGACUCAGUUUCAGAGAACUGAGACAGAGCUCUUCUGUCCUUAUAUUCUUUCCUUUUUUGGAUUUAUUAAAUAUUUUCUGUGGUGUGAAAUGACUUAUUAAAUCCACAGACAUUGAGUGACUUCUUGCAACAUACACAUAUGGAUUGUUGUAAAGCGUUCAUGUCCACCCAGAUGUGUCGGCAGUGAAUGGGGGCACGGUUUUUAUACAUACACACGCACAUAGAUAUGUAUGAAUAAACAAAACCUAAAACCUGCUAAGAUCAUGCUGUGUAGCAGAUGGGCUCGCUGUGAUUGUUAGCAUGUAGAGCCGUUUUCUCUGGCUUUCUUGUACAUGGAUAAGCUGCUGUCUUUCCCUCCACGACUGAGCGUGCAGUUAAAAACCAGUAUAGUAUUUGUACUGAUAUACUCAUGGGCGUUAGGGGUCUCAUUUGGUUGUGGUCAGUAUAGCAAAUUAGGGAUGAAAAGAUAAACCUUUUUGGCCCUUUUCGUUUUUGCAGGCUCCUCCCUUGCAGGGUUUUAGUCCUUCCUUCCUGGACUGAUGCAUGUAUUGUAGCAGCAGGCGUCUUUGUGCUUUCUGAUCAUAGUAAUGGACAACUUGUAAAUACAUUUUUCUAUUUUCUAUUUUUUUGUAUUUUUUUUUUGGCAUUUUGUUUCAUUGGUGUGCUGUAUUUUCCAUGCCCUCACUCCUUUAAGGAAAAAAAAAGAAAAAAAACAACACAAUCCUCUC